UUGAAGUCCAUGAUGGUGUGCUCCCCAGUGCUCCUUGGUAUUGUCAUCUUGUCUGUUUUUUCAGGCCUCAGCAGGGCUGAUCGAGCCAUGCCCAAGCUGGCUGACCGGAAGCUGUGUGCAGAUGAGGAGUGUAGCCAUCCUAUCUCCAUGGCUGUGGCCCUUCAGGACUACGUGGCCCCUGAUUGCCGCUUCUUGACUAUAUACAGGGGCCAAGUGGUAUAUGUCUUCUCCAAGUUGAAAGGCCGUGGACGGCUUUUCUGGGGAGGCAGUGUGCAGGGAGAUUACUAUGGAGACCUGGCAGCCCACCUGGGCUAUUUCCCCAGUAGCAUUGUCCGGGAGGACCUGACUCUGAAACCUGGCAAAGUCGAUAUGAAGACAGAUGAAUGGGAUUUCUACUGUCAAUGAGCUCAACCCACCGAUGUUAUCCCUGCAGUUACCCUUCCGGUUUGGGCAAAUACAGCGGCCAACUGCAAAGUGUUUUGUCCCUUUGGUUUUUGGGGUGGGCAUGUACAAAGAAUGUUUCACGGGUUCCUGAACCUAGCCAAUUAAAGCCCUGAAUGUUGUAACGUCA